AUGACAAUUUCAUCAGAAUUACCAAUCGUUGAAUGUGUUGCAAGAGCACGUAUUCCUACCACGACAGGUGGCCCAGAUAUUUUUCUACAUCUUUACAAGAAUAACAAGGACGACAAAGAACAUCUGGCAGUCGUGUUCGGAGAGGAUAUUAGAUCAAAAUCGCUAUUCAAAACUAGAAAAAAUGAUACACAACAAGAUAGAAUGAUCAGAGGUGCAUACGUUGGGAAACUGUACCCUGGGAGAGAAUCUGCAGAUGUCGAUGACAAGCAAAAGUUGCAGUUACAAUUUGAUAGUGAAACAGGUGCACUCGUUUACGAUGCAAACACAACUUGGAACCCCGAAAAUAAUACACUAGUGAGGAUCCACAGUGAAUGUUACACCGGUGAAAAUGUUUGGUCUGCAAGGUGUGAUUGUGGUGAACAAUUUGAUAGAGCAGGUCAUUUAAUGGCGAUUGAUAGAGAACCCGAAACAAAUAUCAUCGGUGGUAAUGGUCACGGUGUCAUCGUAUACUUGAGACAAGAAGGCCGUGGUAUCGGUCUAGCUGAGAAACUGAAAGCUUACAACUUACAAGAUUUAGGUGCAGACACCGUACAGGCUAAUUUACUACUGAAACAUCCAGCAGACGCAAGAGACUUUUCAAUUGGUAAAUCCAUUCUAAUAGACUUAAAUAUAAAGAAUGCAAGACUGUUAACAAAUAAUCCAGAUAAGAUCGAACAAGCAAACUAUCCACCUCUAUUAAACUGUGUGGAGAGAGUUCCAAUGAUUCCAAUUAACUGGUUGAAUUCUAACAAUGGUAUCAAGUCAAAGGAAAUCGACGGUUAUCUAAGAACGAAAAUGGAAAAAAUGGGCCACUUAUUGUCGAAACCACUAAACUUACACACAGCAGAGACAGUAAACACUUUAAUAUAG